AUGAAUGCAAAGGGACCAAACAAAGCUUUUGGCCAGAUGCAAAAUGCUUCUCAAGACUUGGGCUCCAGCAACAAUGUAAGCCUUUUCCGAGAGUUCCUCAUUGUUGGUGGAGAGCUGGGACUCAAAGACUUCUACACAGAGCUUGCCGUUCUCCUUCUGGUGGUCUACCUCUUCGUCCUCAUUGGAAACAUCAUGAUUUUCUCUGUAGUGAUGCUGGACUCCAGACUGCACACACCCAUGUACAUCUUCCUCAGCAAUCUGUCUUUCAUCGACAUAGUGAUCACCACCACCGUUCUCCCCAAGAUGAUAUCGGUGUGCCUGUUGAACGACAUCGCCAUUUCUUUCUCAGGCUGUUUCUUGCAGCUCUAUGUGUAUUUGGCUUUUCAAUCUAGUGAGAGUUGUCUGCUCGGUGCUAUGGCCUAUGACCGCUAUGUGGCUAUCUGUAAUCCUUUGCGUUACAAUAACAUUGUCACUACCAGAACAUGUGCACUACUAGCAAUUUCUGCUUUGGCAUUGGGAUUGCUUUUCCCGUUACCAAGUGUAAUUCCUGCUUCAAAACUACCUUUUUGUAACAACCAGAUUUUUUUCUGGUUUUGUGAUUUCCCUCCUGUUGUUACACUUUCCUGUUUGGAUCCAGCAUUUUUUAUGUUCUUAGCUCUAGGUUCUGCUACUUUAGCUCUUUGCGGUCCUUUUGCUAUUGUUAUUUGGUCAUACUGUAAAAUAAUUAGAUCAAUUUCCAGGAUCACUUCUUUAGAUGGGCGCAAGAAGGCCUUUUCCACCUGCUCCUCUCAUCUUAUUGUUGUCUUCCUUUUUUACUUUGCACAUAUGUGUGUCUAUAUCAGCGCCACAGCAAAGCAUGUUCCUCCAAAUGUUCUCACUUUGAUCUCCAUUCUCAACUGUUUUUUGACUCCUCUUGUGAACCCCAUAAUUUACAGCUUCAGAAAUAAAGAGCUAAAGGUUGCUUUGCAAAAACUUGUCCACGUCAAUAAAGGUUUCCCUUAA